GAGCUGUCAACAUUACGUCAAUAAUGUCAGUUGUGUAUGUGCGAUUGUGAAAUUGUUAUUGUUUUUCUAUUGUGUUGUUUGCGAAAUAUAAAUAAAAAUGAAAAAUUUCCCCGUUUUCGUGUUCCCAGUUUCUUUGGAAUUCUAUUUAAAUGCACGACACACUCAUAAACAAUUACUGACUGUUUAUAAUCCCUACGAUUUCUCUGUUAAUUUCAAAGUACUAUGUACAUCUCCGAAGAAGUUCACAGUGAUCGACCCGGAGGGUGUGAUCGCUCCACAGAGCUGCAUCGACAUAGUGGUUCGCUACACACAACCAUCUGUUUCCCAUUGCGACACCGUCGAAAAGUUUAGGAUAACAAUGUAUGACAAAAACACCCAGCAGGCACUGGGCAAAAGAGACAUUCUAACAAAAUUGAUUGAAGGAGAACCUUCUAAUAUAAACCAAGAGAGCCUUGGAGACAGUUUUCACCCACUGGUAACAAGGGCAGCUCCUUUACGGCCCACUGAAGAACAUUCACGAGUCACUCCAUGUCAGCACCCAACACACAGAGAGCAGCAACCAGUAAAUGUGGUGGCAGUAGCAGUCAGCAUAUGCUGCAUUGCUGCCUUACUCCUCCCAACACAGCCUGAACAAGUUAUCAAAUCACAAUGGCCCGACUGGCUCCACAUUGGAUCAAACCUCAAACUGGUAUUCUCCUUUGUACUUGGCCUAGUUUGUAUGCUCGUCCUAAGACCAUAGUUAAAUAUUAUAUUGUAUUGUGAAAUUUUAUUGCUAUGUCAGUUCUCCCAGUAUUCAAACUCAAGAUAUAAUUGGUCUGUAGAUGACUUUGCACUUUAAUUGAACUGUGCUGGUAUGACUAUUAACCGAAUUACAAUAUACUAUAAUCAUGAUAAAGCAUUUUAAAAAUAAAUGGUUUUGCAGGUGUAUAGCUGUUAUAAGUUAAUAUAGAUAAAUAUUGAAAACAAGGUAACAAAAAAUAUCUUCAAAGACAAAAAGUAAAAAUGUUAUUGAUCACUAUUGCCCCAAAAAAAGAAUUUAAAUAGCAUAAGGAGCUUAAAAAAACGAUUGGACAAUAGCAAUAAAAUUUCGAUUUAGUGCUGCUGUAGAAUACAAAUUAGACUAGUUAUAAACCAUGACCAAACAAAAUACUUUAUGUAACCUGAUUUGGUUGAAUCUUAUGAAUUUAUGAUUGUGACGAAAUUAUAGAUAGAGUCACUUUUAUGUUGAAAAAAUCGAGUUUCAAACUAAAAAUGUGAACAGAUUUUGCAGAAGAGUUGUUUAAAAAAAAAAAUCUCUUGUAUCCAUAUAGAAUGUGCUAACAAUCCAUGUAUUAAAUAGUUCAGAUUGGGUUUUUUGACAAUCUUGUUUUGUUACUGUUGUAUUGUUUCCAUAGAUCAAAUUCAAGUCAAGAAAAUAUAAAUUUGAAUCAUAAACUGUUUGAUUCAUAAAUAAAAGGUUUUGUUGUUAGAUGCAGCUGCCAACUAUCCUCUAACUGUUUAUUCAAUAGUUUGUUUUACUAUUGUUUUGAAAUUAUUGAGUGCUGUUUAGUAUAAUUUUGAAGUGGUUUAAUUAUAGGUUAAUUUGAGUCUUUUAAUUUGUGAUAGGUAUAUGGUGCAAAAAUUAUAAUUACAGUGUGAUUUAAAUUUUAAUUAGGUGCUAAUAUUUUUAUUGAUAUGGUUUGGUGUUUGAGUUUUAAAUUAUGACUAUGGACAUUGUCGUACCUUGCUUUUAAAGCUAACAUAUUUUAAGUCACCUUAAAAUGGAAAUGGAAUACUUACAUGUAGAGGUUUUCUCAAAGUAUUUAAGGUAUUAAUAUGUUAAAAUUGUACGUAUAUUUGUGGAGUGGUAUCGUAACUUAGGCCUGCUAGUAAUGUUAUCGUCAUCGUGUAAAUAAUUCAUGUAGUUACUACAUUAUUUUUCUUGUAAUAUACCAAUGUACAAAACCUCCUUACAUUAUACCCAAUACUUCUUUGUAUUGAUUAAAGUAAGCAUUUUUGUAAUUAUUUGUGUAAAUAUGUCAAAAUUUUACCAAUGCUUAUGCAGAAUGUAUUUUUAUUGAAUCCCCCUGUGAUUUGGGACCACCUGCUGUGAAAAUGUUCAUGCCAAAUAUAUCUACAAAUCAAUCAAAA